AUGAAGUCAGCCAUUCUUCUUGGCCUCACUGGCCUUGCUGCUAAUGUGAAUGCCCAUCCCGCUAAGCAGCCAGAGACUGGUAACAGCCUGGCUAAGCGUGGCGUUGAUAUUAGCAAGUAUCACUUGCCUAGUCUCUCUCAGUACACGCCUUCAUCAAACAUCGAACAAGAGGCCUCCCUACAGGCUCUGUCUUACAAACGCAACUACGUGGAUACAGCCACACGAGCUGUCAAGAAGGCUGCCCCUAAGUCUGAAUUCCGCGUCGUGGAUGACCACUACAUCGAUGUUGACGGCAUUGGUCACGUCCACUUUAAGCAGACAGCACACGGCAUUGACAUUGACAACGCUGACUUCAAGGUUAACAUUGGCAAAGAUGGCAGAGUCUUCUCUCACGGAAACAGUUUUUUUUCUGGAAAACUUCCCCAAGAGAGUCCCCUGAGGAAGCGUGACUUCUCAGACCCCACAAAUGCCCUCAAGGGUGCUAUUGACAUUCUUGGUCUCCCAGUUCAAGCUAAUGGUGUCACCGCCGAGGCUCAAGAAGGUACUGAGAAGUACACUUUGAAGGGCACAACCGGAGCUGUCAGCGAUCCUAAAGCCCACCUUGUUUAUCUCGUCAAAGGAGACGGAACUCUAGCUCUGACUUGGCGAGUCGAGACCGAUGUCAUGGACAACUGGCUUCUCACAUACAUCGACGCAAAGACCAACGAAGAGAUUCACGGUGUUGUAGACUACGUCUCUGACUUUGCUACCUUUCAGGUUUACCCUUGGGGCCUCAAUGACCCCACCGAGGGAGACCGUAAAGUUCUGACUGACCCGUGGAGAGUUGAUGCCUCCCCCUUCACAUGGCUAGGAGACGGAGCCACGAAUUACAGCGUAACUCGGGGAAACAAUGCAAUUUCGCAGGAUAACCCAUCAGGAGGAGAUAGUUAUCUCAAUAAUCAUCGCCCAUCCAGCUCGACUAGGGACUUUCAAUACCCCUUUUCGCUCACUCAGACCAACCCCACAGAUUAUAGAGACGCUGCCAUCACCCAGCUCUUUUACACAGUCAACAAGUACCAUGAUCUGCUCUAUGUCCUAGGUUUUAACGAAGUGGCUGGAAAUUUCCAAACUAAUAACAAUGGAAAGGGUGGAAAGCAGAAUGACCAAGUCAUUGUUAACGCACAGGACGGUUCGGGCACAAAUAACGCAAACUUUGCUACACCAGCCGAUGGAAGCAAUGGCCGUAUGAGGAUGUAUAUCUGGACUACUGCCAGCCCUAAGCGAGAUGGCGACUUUGAGGCGGGCAUUAUCAUCCACGAAUAUACUCACGGAUUGUCUACCCGUCUCACCGGCGGCCCUGCCAACUCUGGAUGCCUUUCUGGCGUUGAGGCCGGCGGCAUGGGCGAAGGCUGGGGUGAUUUCUUUGCCACCGCUAUCCGCUUGAAGGCCGGCGACACUCGCAGCAAGGACUAUCCUAUGGGAGUCUGGGCCGAUAACAACGUCAAGGGUAUCCGCCAGUAUCCCUACUCAACCAGCCUCACCACCAACCCGCUCACUUACAAGUCUGUCAACACUCAAAAUGAGGUCCACUCGGCUGGUACUACAUGGGCCACGAUUUUGUACGAAGUUCUCUGGAAUCUCAUUGAUAAAUACGGCAAAAAUGACGCCGAUUUCCCUACCUUUGACAGCCAAGGAGUUCCCACCGACGGCAAGUAUCUUGCGCUGAAACUCGUCCUCAACGGAAUGGCUCUGCAGCCCUGCACACCAACCUUUGUCUCUGCCCGUGAUGCCAUCUUGGAUGCUGAUCGUUCUUUGACCGGCGGAGAGAAUCUUUGCGAAUUAUGGACCGCAUUCGCCAAGAGAGGUCUUGGAUCAGGCGCCAAAUAUUCCUCUUCAUCGCGGAAGGAGAGCUACACUAUCCCAUCUGGCGUCUGCUAA